AUAAACACACAGCGUCCGUGCGAAUGCAGCGACACUUAGUAUGUAUGGGCGUAAUGCACCGCUUCUGUACUGAACCAAUCCUUCGCGAUGAUCCAACACCCACGCGUCGCCGCUGCCGUCGCCGCCACGACCACCAAUCAAGUAAUCGAAUCAAUCAUCAACUACCUAAAAGUUGGUCGAAUCCAAAAAGCCGCGUCCAUUCUCUUCGCAUUCCCACUACCAUUCCCUCAUUCUCUCUACGCUCACUUCUUCCGUCAUUGUUCCUCUCCAAAAGCCAUCGUUGCAGCUCAUAAGGUUGAGUUCCAUUUAGUCGCCACCUCUCCUAACCCACCCAUAUUCCUCCGCAACCGCGCCCUCGAAGCCUAUGCUAAAUGCUCCUCUCUUCAUGAUGCCAGGGAACUGUUUGACCAAAUGCCUCACAGAGAUGGUGGUUCUUGGAAUGCCUUGAUAACUGCUUAUUCUCGAUUGCGUUACCCGCAUGAAGCACUUUCGUUGUUCCUUUCCAUGAAUAGGUCUGGUGUUCCUGCCAAUAAGAUCACCUUUGCCGGUGUUCUUUCUUCAUGUGCUGCUGUUUCUGAGCUUCCUCUCUCCCAACAGGUUCACGGGCUUGUCGUGAAAUUUGGUUUUUGUGGAAAUGUGAUAAUUGGGAGUGCCCUUGUUGAUGUUUAUGCUAAAUGUGGGGUUAUGGUGUAUGCUCGAAGGAUGUUUUAUGAGAUGCCCCGUCGCAAUGCUGUCACUUGGAAUGUUAUUGUAAGGAGGUAUCUUGAUGUUGGGGAUGCAAAGGAAGCUGUUUUAAUGUUCACUCGAAUGUUUUCUGCUAGAGUUAAGCCGUUGAAUUUUACAUUCUCUAAUGCUCUUGUUGCUUGUUCGAGUAUACAUGCGCUUGAGGAGGGGAUGCAAAUUCAUGGGGUUGUUGUGAAAUGGGGAUUCUGUGAGGACAAUGUUGUUUCAAGCUCUCUAAUCAAUAUGUAUGUCAAGUGUGGUGAAUUGGAGAAUGGUUCUCGGGUUUUUCAUCAGCUUGUUUUAAAAGAUUUGGUGUCGUGGACUUGCAUUGUGUCGGGGUAUGCAAUGAGUGGGAAAACAUGGGACGCCAGAAGGCUUUUUGAUAAGAUGCCUGAACGAAAUGUGAUCUCGUGGAAUGCUAUGUUGGCUGGAUAUACCCGAUUCUUUAAAUGGUAUGAAGCAUUAGAUUUUAUGGGUUUGAUGCUUGACAAUGUUAAGGACUUGGAUCAUGUCACUCUUUGCUUGAUGUUAAAUGUUUCUGCGGGACUUUCGGAUCAUGAAAUGGGGAAACAACUUCAUGGCUAUGUUUAUCGACAUGGUUUUCACUCAAACCUUAUGGUUGGCAAUGCCCUUCUUGACAUGUAUGGUAAAUGCGGGAACUUGAACGGUGCCAGAGCAUGGUUUAAUCUGAUGAGUAAUUGGCGUGACAUGGUUUCUUGGAAUGCUUUAUUGGCUAGCUAUGGUCAUCAUCAUUUAAGCGAACAAGCACUAACAAUGUUUUCAGCGAUGCAAUGGGAAACGAAACCAAGCAAAUAUUCUUUUGGAACCCUUUUGGCAGCAUGUGCAAAUACUUAUGCUCUACGCCACGGCAAGCAAAUUCAUGGAUUCAUCAUUAGACAUGGAUUUCAGAUAGAUACUGUAAUCAGGACUGCUUUGAUUUACAUGUACUGUAAAUGCUACUGUCUUGAGUAUGCUGUUGAAGUUCUGAAAGGCACAGUCUCUAGGGAUGUGAUAAUGUGGAAUACGCUAAUUUUGGGAUGUUGUCACAAUCAUAGGGGAAGAGAUGCACUUGAACUUCUCGGGAUAAUGGAAGCAGAAGGCAUCAAGCCAGACCACGUGACCUUUGAGGGCAUUCUUCUUGCUUGUGUUGAAGAAGGCCUUGUUGAGUUUGGCACCCAUUGCUUCAACUCUAUGAGCAAUGAAUACCAUGUCUUGCCUCAAAUGGAGCAUUAUGACUGCAUGAUUGAACUCUACAGUCGGCAUGGAUGCAUGGAUGAGCUCGAUAAUUUUAUGAAAACAAUGACAAUAGAGCCUACUCUUCGCAUGUUGGAACGAGCCCUUGAUGCUUGUCAGAAAAAUGAGUCUCCAAGACUGGGCCAAUGGAUUGCUGAAAAAAUUAAUAAAUUUGAACAUUAAUUGAUUUCGGCAGACAGCAGAAUGCACACAUCACAGCAGGGAGUCUAUCUUUGGGGCAUAGAAGUUGUAAGUCUGAUUGCAAGUAUAUGCAAUGGAAUACGAUGAUGAUCAAGGUCCUAUCUGUAAUGAUGAUAACCAGAUUAGUACAUUGAUGUGCUAAUGCAAUUACAGCGAGCAUGACGUUUACCGGUUUUGCUGAAAGAGAAUAAUGAGCAGGGUUUAAGGUGUACUAGGAGGAGGCUUAUUAUCAUGUCGCAAUCAUAUGCAAAGAGGAAGGACAAACUACAUGCUAAGUACAAUAUUGGCUUGAUAAUGGCUUUGAGGGAUAAUUAGAGGACUGUGAAUUCAUGAUGCACUUGGGGAGAUUGUAUAAGGGAGUAUCCUAUCUGGAAAGAGCCUGAUCCUUGUUUGUAGGAUUUAAGGUUCACUUGGAUGAGUCUGUUUAUCAUGUUGCAAUCAUAUGCUGAGAGAAAGGACAAACUACAUUUUUACUAUAAUACUUGCCAUUGAUAAUGACUUUGAGAGACAAUUAGAGGACUGGGAAUUCAUGAUGCAUUUGAAGAAAUAUUAUAAGGGAGUAUCCUAUAUGAGAAAAGCCCGACCCUUGUCUGUAGAGUAAGCGCAAUGAAGCUUUCACUGCAUUUGAUGAAAUUAUAACUUGUUUGGAGCUGCAAGUGUAGACAGGAGAUGGAAAAUUUGGCUCAUAAUGGUUGGACUCAAUUAAUUCAUUUGUAGUAAAUCCAUCAGUCUUAAUCACUCUUUAGGCUCUCAUCAUUUAAACACAUAUGAAGUACAAACUGUACCACCGGAAGCAUAAUUUACACGUACACGUCGACACUGUUUAUAUUGUAUGUAAACCAAAAGAUACUAAAUUAAAUACCAACAUCGUUUAUAAAAUA